GUGCAAUACUCUUUUUCUGACAAAGUUGUAUUUUUACUCAGUUGUAUAAAGCAUUUGCAUUCUAUUUCUAUCCUAAUGUAUAUUUUAUUCUAUUUAUUGUACUGUAUAUAGUAUUUUAUUUUAUUCUAUAAUUAAUGGGAGGUGAAGAGGGACAGCAGACAUUAGUCAGGUACAGACGCAGCAGCUCAGUGCUCUGUUAUGUUGUUAUUUUAAAAAGGUAGAUGUGCCCUCUGAUCAUGGAUAAUCAGUCUAAUGAAAGAAGUUUUAUUCUGUCAGGAUUUAAUGAGACGAUGAAUUUCACAGUACCCCUCUUCUCAGUUACUUUACUGUAUUACUGUGUGAUUUUGUUCUUCAAUAUUUCUCUUGUGCUGCUCAUUGUCUUGGAUGAAAGCCUCCAUGAACCUAUGUACAUUUUACUGAGCAGCUUCUGCAUUAAUGCACUUUAUGGGACCACAGGUUUCUACCCAAAAUUCCUUUCAGAUUUACUGUCGUCUUCUCACAGAAUCUCCUAUGAAGGGUGCCUUUUACAAGGUUUUGUCAUGUAUUCAUUUUCUUUUUGUGAUUUGUCUAUUUUAACUGUCAUGGCCUUUGACAGGUAUCUGGCAAUAUGUCGACCUCUGCACUACCACUCUUUCAUGACUAAGAGGAGGCUUUCACAGCUGGUGUGUUUCUCCUGGCUGACACCUUUCUGUCUUUUUUCCAUUAAUGUCCUGCUUACAGCAAGACUCAAGUUAUGUGGUAUAAACAUUCAGAGAGCCUUAUGUCUAAACUGGUUAAUUUUUAAACUUGCUUGUCCUGAAGCUGACACUUUUCCAAAUAACAUCAGUGCAUAUGUGAUAAUUGCCAUUUGUUAUUUUCAUUAUGUUUUCAUAAUUUGGACUUACAUAUAUAUUAUUAAAACAUGUGUGAGGUCCAGAGAGGACAGAGUAAUGUUUAUGCAGACCUGUGUGGCCCAUCUGACUUCUGUGAUCAUAAAUGCCAUUGUAAUGGCUGUUGAUGCGAUGUACUUGCGCUUUGGCUCCAGAGAUUUACCCCAAAGCCUCCAAAACUUCAUCACUCUUGAAUUUGUCAUCAUCCCUCCAGUUAUGAAUCCUCUCGUGUAUGGAUUUAAACUCAGCAAAAUACGAAACAGAAUCUUGAGUUUAAUUUAUUUGAAAGGGAAAUGA